CAUGAUGUCAUACAUCCUAUACUUCCAGCAUAGCGCAUGCUCAAUAAUAAAGCUAUGGUAUUUCCAUCGUUUUAGCGUUUUCGUGUGGACGGGUGACUACGAUUCGAAUACGCUACGUGUGGUUGCGUAUUUGUUUGAAAAUGGAGGUAAAAAUCUCCGUAAUCAAAAAUAUCCGGAUACAUGUGGGCAGGGCAAAACCUAUUGCUUUUUUGCCGUUGUCGUCGUUGGUUAGGCUUCCUAAUUACUGCCUGACCAAUCUUUGUACAUCUAUGCUUAUUUCACGUUUUCUUGUUUCCUCUCUGUUUAGUUUUCUCCUUUACUUUCGAAAAAGGGUGCUUUUAAUAAUUGGAUUUACUAUUAAAUAUUGAUUUUGUCCCUCCUCGUUUGUUUCCUUCUUUGUCAUUGUAACUAAUAUGGAACGGAUGGAAAUUUAAAAAAGAGUUAAGAAACUCAGUAAUAACUCAUAAAGAAAAAACAAGAGAAAUUUUGAAAGUUUAAUGAGUGUCUUUACAGGAGCACCCAAUGACUGUUUUCUUUGAAAUAUCUGUUCGGAGAAGCAAAUAUUGUCUAGAGUUUUUUAGAUGACCGUUCCAUUCAUGUACAAUUUUUGAAGGUUACCUAAUAAAUUCCCUACGAUUUUGUGAAGUUAAUUUUUUUCCAUUUCACUCACCAGGUUAAGCCUUUUUUUUAGUGGAGAAAGGAAACCUAAAGCCCUUGUAAUUUCGAAAAGACUCAAGUUGCCCUAGGAUAACCGAACAAAUAAAAUUAGCGCUACUUAGAAUACAUUUCUAGAGAUAUAAAAGUACUCUGGAUAGCCUAAAAAGUGUUUCAAUGCAUUUAGGAGGAAAACGUCGUUAUUUUGGUUUUGGCUUAUAGUCAAUAUAAUAAUUGUUUUUCCCCAUUUGCCGGCGAAAAAGUACCUAGAAAAACUCUCUAGCAUUUAUGACCUUAAUCUUUUCAGGCUAAACGUACCAUCGUAUCCAUCCAUCGUAUCCAUAGUCGCUACUAUUCCCCAUAUAGUUUCUACAGAUUUAAAAGUGAACUUCCCUGUCGUGCCAGUGAUUUGAGCUUCUCUCUUCUACGUAAUAACAUCAGGAGUCUUAAGCGAAACCUUGAAAACUUUCAAGUUCAUGUAUUGGACGAGUUGAAUUCUGAAUUUAGCAUUAUAGGAGUUUCAUAAACGAAAAUUUAUAAUGAGAGGUAAAGAAAUGGAUUUUAAUCCAAGCAUACCUGGAUAUGUUUUCGAAUAUGUUCCGACACCUCUAGCCUCUCACAUUUGCAAUUUUAUUGUCUAAAAAGCUUCCUUUUGAUUAAACAACAUUAUCAAAAGAAAAAACCGAGGUCUCUUUUACAGAAAAGUAGGCUUAAAAGAUGUCUGGAAUUUUUGAACAGAAUCAUCGGUUAACCCCUUUGGACAAAUGCCAAUUUUUCGACCAUGAAAUGACAUUUUUACCGUCCAAAAAGACUCAUUUUGAGAACAUAACAUCAUCAGACGAAAAACCUAGGUUGAAAGAAAUUUGGAACAUUAUUUUAACCAGAAUCAUUGGUUAACCCUUUUGGAAAAAUGCAAAUUUUUCGACUAUAGUAAAAUGACAUUUAUGUCGUCUAACAAGCCUCAACAUCAUCAGGCGAUAAAAACGAGGUCUUUAAUACCGAAAAGUUGGCUUGAAAGACAUUUUGAAUUUUUGACCAGAAUCAUGGGUUAACCCCUUUGGAAAAAUGCAACUUUUUCGACUAUAGUAAAAGAAAGGUGUUGGCUUGUAUAUUAGUGAUUCUCUGAAAUGUACUGUUGUUAAAGAAGUAUCUGAUGAAGCCUUUCAGUCACUUUGGAUCGAAAUCGAAACGACUGUAUGAAGCUAAAAAUUGACAAUAGAUUACAAGCGAGAAGAUUUAUCCCUUUUAUACUUUUCUUAUGUUGUUGUUGUUGUUGUUGUUUUUAAAUGAAACAGGAAGGAACCCCAGAUCAAAGCAAUAACAUUGUUCUGUGAGUCUGUACCUUCUACGUUAAGAAUAAUAACACGAUAAUAAUUCUUCCUCCUUUUUUUCAUAAACUUAGGUUGUGUACUUUUUUUAAUGUUUUUUUUUUAGGUUGUGUACUUGAUCCAGUAGGAGUGUCGGAUAGUAGCGUUAUUUCGGAUCAGAGGUUUUCAGCUUCGUCAUCUCUUAGCGGCCGCAGUCCAUCUGAUGGCCGAUUAAAAGGAUCCAAUGCCUGGAUUCCUGCCACAAACAAUGACAACAAUGAUUUCCUGCAGAUCGAUCUGGGAUCUGUUUACUUUGUUUGUGGAGUAGCAACACAAGGGAAUCCAACUAAUGAUUAUUGGACAAAAACAUACAAGAUAAAGACGUCCCUGGAUAAUGUCCUGUGGACAUUCUACUCUGAGGGUGGCUCCGAAAAGGUACAUCCCUUUCUACUCUAGGUGAAGUAAUAGCGAAGUUAUAAUCGUAGAGACACUAAGUGAUAAAGGAUUGUGUUUACCUCUUAGCCACGUCAAACCUGAAAUUCACAUGGAAUCCCUCUUUCUCUCCCUUCCAUUCGUUAUCCCCUCUCUUCCCCCAUCUUCACCGUCUCUAGUUGCCGCCUUUUUUUCUUCCUGCCUUCUGCCUUGCUUCUUUUUCCCCUCGUUACUACAGCCUUCCUUCCUUAGUCUCUUGCUGCUGUUUACAUAGGAAACGUUAGGGAAAUAAGUGGUAAAAUGUAAAGAAACUGACAUACACGUGGUUUUCCUUUUAAUAUCCUUUGCCUUUUGUUCUGCCGGCGGGUGUCAUCGUCAAUGUAGUUGCAAUCCUCAUACACAAAAAUUUAGAUGGUUAUGGUGUUCACACCACUUGAUUUUUCUCAUUUCAAAUCUUUGAACGGCUAGGCGUUCAAAUUUUCCUACGGUUAGCGUGUUUCCGUGGGAAUGAAACACCUAAACGCACGAAUUUGUCUUUCAUCUGCAUUUUAUAGAAAUUUUUGUUAAUUUGCUUUUAGAUAUUUACUGGAAAUGAUGACAAGAACAGCAUUGUAAGAAGUGAACUAUAUGAGCCACUUGCUGCCAAGUUUAUUCGUUUUUAUCCAGUUACAUUUCACAACAGCAAAGCAUUAAGGGUGGAGGUAUAUGGAUCUAAGCAAGGUUUGUCUCUUAGUACUUAUCCAAUACAUGCAGUUCAAAAGACAACCACAGCAUUAAAAAACGCACUUUGAGUGUCAAUGUAUUUAGCUCAAAAGUACUAAUUGGGGACACUAUUAUUUAUGUCUGCUACUGGAGAUGGGACCGCCAUUUUGCCAGGUCAUCCGAGCCACGCGAAGGUCUACCCGUUAGCAGGGUCAAGGAAGUACUCUUAUUUCUCAGUUAUUUUAAGACCCUGAGAAUUGGUCUGGCCCCGGGAAUCGAACCUGCAACUUCCCGCUCUGCUGUCGAACGCUCUACCGACUGAGAUAACCCUGCCGCUAAAUUCUGGUUUGCAAAUACGAUGCAAAAAAACUGACUUACCACCUGGUUCAUUGCUCAGUUUUAAUAGGGAGCUUAAGCGUGCAACCACGACGGCGACGGCAUCAACGUCUCAUCACGCUAAAUUUGUCAAAUGUUGGAGAUUUUUUCGCGAGUUGAGUUCUAAAGGUCUGUAUCUCAGUUAAAAAAAAAAAAAGAAAAGAAAAAUCGUUGUCUUGUGUUCACAUUCUCAAUGAAACGUGAAAUUAAGAAGUUUCACGUCGUUGUCGUACCCGUGACAGCAAAGAAAUGUACAAAAUUACGUAAUGCACGUGCAAAGUUGUUGUUUGCUUAUAAGGCUUCGUCACACGUAUCCGUUUUUGUUUGGAAACGGAUAUUUUUUUCUCUGGUUAAGCCUACCGUCCAUACUCAUUGAUCCAGUGAAAACGGUCCCCGAAAACGCACGUUCUCAAAAACGCUCUCCAGAGUCUAGAUUUUUGAAAACGUUGGCUAUUCUUUUACGUGUGGACGGACGAAAACGGUUUCGAAUUCGGAAUACGAUGAUGUCAUACAUCAUAUACUUCUAGCAUAACGCAUGCUCAAUAACAAAGCUAUGGUAUUUCCAUCGUUUUAACGUUUUCGUGUCGACGGGUGACUACGAUUCGAAUAUGCUACGUGUGGUUGCGUAUUUGUUUGAAAAUGGAGGUAAAAAUCUCGGUAAUCAAAAAUAUCCUGAUGCAUGUGGACGGGGCAAAACCUAUUGCUUUUUUGCCGUUGUCGUCGUUGGUUAGGCUUCCUAAUUACUGCCUGACCAAUCUUUGUACAUCUAUGCUUAUUUCACGUUUUCUUGUUUCCUCUCUGUUUAGUUUUCUCCUUUACUUUCGCAAAAGGGUGCUUUUAAUAAUUGGAUUUACUAUAUUGAUUUUGUCCCUCCUCGUUUGUUUCCUUCUUUGUCAUUGUAACUAAUGUAAAUGUAAAUGUAACUGUCGCGAUUGAGAGGACAAACAUACAUGUCCUCUUUACAUAGCUUUUUGCAGUGGGCUCGGACAUCAGCAUACUAAGGGCGCCGAUGGCAGCCGCUAUCAGUCCAUUUAUGAGCCCACUGAACCCUCCCAACCCAUGAUGAGUGAUGAUGUAAGUGAUGAAGAUAGACCACAACACCGGGAACUACGUCCCCUACUCUUUUCGAAUAGUGUGUGGGUUCUUUAACGUCCCACAGAGUUAUAUGUGAACAAGGUUUGUGAGACGGGACCUCCGGUUUAUCGUCCUUAUCCGAGAAGACUUGAUAGUCUAAUCAUUUGCAGAUGUCAUUACAAAGACAGCACUUUCUCCUCAGUUAUUUCUAAGACCCUGAGUGUUGGUCCGGCCAGGAUUCGAACUCGCGACCUCCCGCUCAGCAGACCGGCGCUCUCCCAACUGAGCUAACCGGGCGGCGGAAUAUGUAAUAUGGAACGGAUGCAGGAAAUUUAAAAAAAAGUUUAAAAACUCAGUAAUAAUUCAUAAAGAAAAAACAAGAGAAAUUUUAAAAGUUUAAUGAGUGUCUUUACAGGAGCACCCAAUGACUGUUUUCUUUGAAAUAUCUGUUCGGAGGAGCAAAUAUUGUCUAGAUUCCGUUCCAUUCAUGUACAAUAUUUGAAGGCUAUCUAAUAAAUUCCCUACGAUUUUGUGAAGUUAAUUUUUUUCCAUUUCACUCCCCAGGUUAAGCCUCUUUUCAAUAGAGAAAGGAAUUUUAAACCUACAAUAUUUGGAACCAAAAAUGCGAUGCAGACACAAAUUCUCACUUUCGUAAAACUCUAAACUGCAGCUAAAAUUUUCGGGAAAAUAAUGCUGAAACUCUUGUAAUUUCGAAAAGACUCAACUAACCCUAGGAAGACCGAACAGAUAAAAAUUUUUAGCCCUAGUUAGAAUACAUUUCUAGAGAUCUAAGAGUACUCUGGAUAUCCUAAAAAGUGUUGUCAAUGCAUUUAGGAGGAAACCGUCGUUGGGUGCCCCUGUCUUUAUAGCUGAUAAAGACACGGCUGAACUUUACGUCAAGUUUUUUAGACCAAAAUGACCCCAAAUCUAAAUAUCAGUGUAAGAAUGAGUUGAUCUUUAUCAGGGAUUUUGAAGUCGUUAAAAAACUCGCAGUCUGUAUUAUUAAACCUGAUAAUCGAAACCGCUCGUUUUUUAAACAGUACAUUUAAUUUUUCUUAAUUAAUAUGCCAUAUUUCGUAACGUUUUUACAGGUUGUUUUGUAUCGUUCAAGAAUGAACGCGGUAAAACGAGGGAUUUUACAAUUACAAAAUCCUCAGAAGAUGGUCGUUAUAAAGCUAUUUGGAGUCGCCUUUAUGGUACUCUCAGUUGGUGCAGCUCUUCAGUAUCCCUACCCCAGUACCUACAGGCUGAUUUCGGACAAAUUGUAACAGUCACAGGCGUGGCCACUCAGGGAGAUGCUCAAAGGAACAACUGGGUGAAAAGCUAUUUAAUCCGCUUUGGAUAUGAUGGUAAAACAUGGAUUAGUUACGGAGCUGGACAGGUAAAUUUGCAACAGGUAUUCAUAUAUCUGUGUGGAUUUGCUUAAAGGGACCUCCAGGAGUUUUUCCCCGACAUUCUCAUUUGGGGCUCGUUUACUUUACUUAUUUUCUUUGUUAUAACAUUUUGAGUACACAAAUCGUCUAACAAGCUGCAAUAGGCAUUAAAUCAUGCUCAUCCUUGGUGUAAAAACCUUUGAAACUCUCGGACGGUGACGUAAAACAAUGAAUACAAAGAAGCCACUGAGAAGCCAACACAAUAGAGCCAAGGAAAAUAAUAGCUAGAAAACAAAGAAAAACUUCACAGGUUUUUACACCGUGGUAAACCCUAAAAUCAUGUGUUUAUAAUGCUGUUUACAUCUUCCAUCACCCCAUUCCACCUCCCCCGGCCUUACCAGGACCACCACUACCUGCGUUCAUUUCCCAUAAUUCUCAUGUUCGUGUGAUAAAACAAUCCUACUUGAUAUCAGCGCGCGCGAUAGAAAUUGUUUUCUGUGGUUCUUUAGUCUUCUAGAGUUCGUUUUGGCCGCCUGGAGCAAAGUUUUCCGCAAGGCAGUAUUAAGCCUUACGAAAGAACGAGUUUCACGAUUGGCAAUCUUCCAGUCUGUUACCGUAUUUCGUCUCAUUUUGAUACACGGGUGAGACACUGACCUCGGGCUCGAGACAGAAAAGUAUCAUAUUGCGAGCUUUGUUGUAAGCGGUGACGAGUCUCUGGCCUCAAAACGUAGGUUGUAGGAGUCGAACAAUGUACCAAUUUUUAGUCCGACUGUCCGAUUACAGCCUGCAAUUUGAAGCUCUGCAAUGAACCUAUUUGUACAGUAACUGUGCGUGACUAUCUAACGUACUAAAUAUUCGAAGCCAAACAGUAAGCCAAUGCAGAUUCAUUCACAUCUAUAACUCUUUGAAACUUUCAAGUAGACUUCAAGUGAGUAAAAACAAAAUCAAACCACCUUUUAACUAAUGAACGUUUAAAUCUUACCUUUUGUCGGACAUAAUGUCAGUAGACAGGUCAAACAGAGACGAUUAUUACUUUAAAGCUGAAGAUUUACUCAGUGCUUAAUGUAUCCCUGACAACUUUUCUUGUUUGUCCGUUAAUUAUCGGAACUUCAGUCGAGGAACGGGCCCCUGAAGGGACAUUUGCAACCCCGCUUAGGUUGACUCGUCCCCAGUCACGAGUAGCGUGACCAAAGGGAGCGCGAGGGGCGAUGGGAAGGAAAAGGAGAAAAAUUCCUCCUUCCCAUCACCUCUAGCGCUCUCCUUCAGUAAGUUUGGGAAUAUACCGCACUGAAUGUAGGCUCCUGUAAAUAAAAUUAUUUGUAUAUCUCCACUUUAAUACUUUGUUCUUGAUCUACCCACUCAGGAGUUGACUGGAAACAGCGACAUAAAUACCAUUGUUGUCCACUGGUUUGCUCCCCCGUUUGCAGCGCAAUAUGUCAGAAUAUUUCCCCAAACAUACACCGGUGCAAUAUGUAUGAGAAUGGACUUGUUUGGCUGUAAGGAUUGUAAGUAUAAUUUGUUAGAUGGGGAUUUGUAAAAAUUUGAAUUAAUAGGAUACAUGUGCUGCCGUAUACAGUCGAUAAUUUAUAAUAAUAAUUCAAAAUUUAUAACGCGCCUUUUCCAUGCAAAUGUGAUCAAAAGCGCGUUACAAUGCUUUAAAUGUUAAAAAAGAAAUAAGCUGAAAUGUACAUUUUAAUUUGGGCUAAAAAGUAACUUAAGCUUAAAAAUUUGAAUAAACAAACGAGCUUAAUCUUGCCAUCACAGUGUUAGGCGCUUGUAGCUAGCCUCGCACGCAGCCGUUUUGGUCUCGUCACGCAACGCUCCUCACCAUCUUGCUUCCUCGGGUCACCAAUCAGCCUCAUCUUGCCCGCCAGCCGUAUAAUAAGUACAGCUGCACUUUCUAGCCUGCGCAAAGGAAUAUUGGAUGGAGAUAUCUACCUGCUAACUGCUACCGUCAAGAAGGCCGGAAUCUGCAGUUAGAAGUGAAUUUUUUUUUUCGUCAGGAGCCGAUUCCUGUCUUCGUAAACGGUAAUGCAAACUUUUCUGUCAGAAGACAGUGUUUGUAUAGGUUAUCAUACGACUUCAAGUUCAAUUUGGAAUUUAUUUGCUUGAGUGUGUUUUUCAAAAAAGUAUCAAACGGGCAAAAAUUUACUACAUCAAAACUCGUCCUCAAAACAUCCCCACAACGCAAUUCGAUCGGCACAACACUUGAACCCAGUCUCACGCGCAACCUCAAAGUUGCCAAUAAGGAUUGCGGCGCCUGAUUGGUUCUUAAACAUUUCUAUUGUUUUUUGCCAAUCACGGUUCUCCAUUAUCUGAUAAUUGAAUUAUAUUUCUUCGUUUUUGCACUCUGUUUACUUAUAGGCUGUUUACAGUCCGUUAUUUUUCCGUAAGUUCCUCAAGAUCAACCGCUCUACAUUACGCGCGGCCAUAUAUCUUGGAUUUGUAUCAAAUCUACUUUCUCGCCUCCCUCCCCCCACAUAAACCCCACAUGCUAUAAACCCCGGCUCCAUCUUGGAACUGCAUUACUGCUCUCAGCCAAUCAGAUUCAAUAAACCUAAUGGAGUGUAAAAUCGAGAUAUUGUAUGUGAUAAGUUUGCCUAAGUUACUUCUUGUCGUCUUUACAUCUAAUAUUUGCUCGUCUUUUCCAGUCGAAGUUUCGUUACCGUUAAACAUUGGUCUCGAUGAUGUUCGUUAGACAGCCGACCCUAGUGAAUCUGUCAACCUGACCUGUGUGGCUAGUUACAGCCCUCGACAACCCUCUGGGUAUAGUUGGAGCAGAGAUGGAACGGGGCUGUCUGACACAACCUCUUCGGUUACCAUACCAUACAACAAUGCCAGUAAUAUCUACAGUAACUCUUGUACAAGAAAGCUCCCUUCAGCAAGUGGAGUCCAGUGUAAUUCAACCUACCAAUGCUCUGCAUCACUUUCUGGAAUACGAGGCAGUCAUCUGACCACUGCAAAUGUUAUAGUGUCCUUAAGUAAGCAACAAUUAGUGCGUACCUUAGAACGGUUUUUUGCUCGUUAUUGUGAAGGUCAAAAUUAAUUUAAUAUACUGGAUCACGCAGUCGUCAAUAACUAACAUAAUUUAAGUCCUUUAUAAGGACACGAAAAUAUUGCAUUCCAACAAUACACGACUAUGAACGGUAUUAUAUGAACAAGGAAGUACCUAAAAAAAUGCCUCAACCUUUAACGUAUUCUAAAUGGGUAACGUAUUUUUAACGCGUUUGUUUAUUCGUUGAUUUUCAGAGAAACCAGGCCAGCCAGUUGUUCAAGUUAAUCCAAGUAAACUUAAAGCAAGAUCAGCAUUAGUCACAUGGUCGUAUAAUCCUGGAGCGGAUGAAGUGCCUGUAACUGCCUACAAUCUUGAGUAUCGAAAUAGUACUUUUGCAGAGAAUAUAUCUUUGGGAGCUGUAUUAAGUAAAUGGAUUAUCAACCUCAAGCCAUACACAACCUACAGUGUUAGGUUGAUACCCAACAGUGUCUUAGGAAAGAGUCCAUGGAGUAAUGUCCAGAAUUUCAAAACAAAAACUGCCAGUAAGUGAUGAUGCAAAUUAGAUGCAGUGCUUAGAAUGAUAAUUUAUAUAAUACGUUAUUUUUCCAAAAUAUUGACCACUACAUCGUUUUACAUUGACUACUGUUGUUAUCAUCUAAUCGAUAUUUUCAUUAAAAUCUGAAGAACUGUGACACAUAAAGGUAUGUAAGCAAACUAAUUAAGCGAUUUUUCAUGUAAUAAUCAGGCCCCAGUUGUUCAAAAGCUGUACAGUGCUAUCCACCGGAUAAAGCACUCUCUCGCGGAUAACGUGAUUGAUUUCCGUAAUACUUAUCGAACAACCCGGUCCAGGCGUCCGGUCAUAGGACAGAGCUAUUCAGACUGAGUAUCAAUCAAUCUAAACUUUACUUGUUAUUUUCCCUUUUUAGAGCCUGAAGUCGAUGUCCAGAUCCUAAGUGUGACAAGUCCUACUUCGCAGUCAAUUCUAGUGAAAUGGCAGGUAAACAUCAGAUUUAUUGUAACAAAAACCCCUUUCGUGUCCAUAAGUACUUCGUUUCUCUAGAGCGUUGCCUAUUAUUUCCAUUCUUCUCGAAAGACUCCUACCCAGACCCAGUCGCUAUUGAGGUAAGCGAUCUUUGGGUUCAUUCAUUUCACUGCUUUGUGUAACCAAAGGAAAAAAGUGAAGGCUUGAAAUUGUCUGCAUCAAUCCCGCAAAUUUACCAUUUUCAGACCUUAAAGUUUAAUGGAGUUCACUGUUAAAAGGCUUGAAAAUAAACAUAGAACGAGAAAGGAGGACCAUGAAAAAAACAAAACAAACAACAAAUACAACUUAGACGGACGAGGGUUUUCUAUUUAGAUAUUUCAUCUGCGGUGGUCUCCCAAUUUUGGUCUCGCACUGACAGUUAUGAGGGCAGUUACUGGGCAUCAAAUGUUUGAAGUUAACCGCGGGCAUGUCCGUAUGAGCAUAUAAGGUUUAACUAGGAGGAGGAGAAAUUAUUCAACGAUGUAUUACUUAAACACUAAUUUAGUCAAGUUCAUGUCGUAGACACCAAGCACCACCAAUUUAAACGGACCCUUUAGAGGAUACAGCAUUGAAUACAUGGAAGCAGGGAAAUCUUCCUCGAAAGUCAAUGUCAGUGGAUCAACCCUCAGUCAUACUUUAGAGAACCUGAAGAAAUGGACAGUAUAUUUCAUUAAAAUCGCAAUCAGUAAUGGCGACUUUCUAGGUCCACCGAGUCCUGAAAAGCAAGUUCGGACGCGAGAAGAUGGUUUGUAUACUCCUUGACUUAAGCUUGUUUGACUCUUGCUUGUUUUCUACAAGUAUCUGUUUCUUUUCCCCCUUAUCACUUCCAGAACAUGAAACAAAAAACUAGCAAAAGCAGAGCAAUUGACUUUCACCUCUGUCUCUCAACCAUUUUCUUUCAUUUAGCCCCCAGCAAACCACUGAAUCUAUUGUUCACCCUCCAAAAGCCAAGUGAAAUAGCGAUGCCGAGAAUGACGGUCCACUGGCAACAACCUGCUGAACAAAAUGGUAUCAUCAGAAAAUAUAGAUUGGUUUUCACGUAUACCAUAGACGGAAGACAAACUACCAUUGCAAGUGAAACAAAUAACCAGACCUUUAGCCACAGUUUAGAUGUUUUCGGUGGAACACAGUACAGUGUUGAAAUUUGGGCACAAACUGUUAAACCCGGGCCAAGGCUAACUGGAGCUAAACAAGUACCAGAAUACAGUAAGUAUCUGCUUUCAGUUUCCUGCUCUCAGUGCUGUUGUAUCAGCGGGCCUUUGAAAAGAUGAUGUGUGUAAACGGAAUUCGUAAGGGAUAUGAUAACCACUGAGAAGCUAUACAGCUCUGAGCUGCAAGUCCUAGAAAUGAAAGAGAGAUACUCCUUUUGCUUAAAAAGCCCUAUAACGCCUGCAAACAGGAAACAAAAGAAGGGGAAGAUUCCCAAGCCCAUUUUGAAUUACUUCUGCCAAUGAGCAUCGUGUUCAGUGAAGUCUAUGGUGUGUAUUGAAUAUAUGGUUAAUUUUUUUAACCCUCCACUUCAAUCUCGAAUAAUUACUUGUCAUUUACAAUUUUUCGGUUAUCGCAACUUUGUAUUCUCACCAAUUGCUUCCUUUUUCAUUCUUUUUUGCAGAACCAAGCGCGUCACCUCAAAACAUAACCUCUGAAAAGAUGAACGAAACAACUUACAAAAUAAGUUGGAAUCCCCUUCCCAGAGACAAGACCAAUGGUAGAGUGAUAGCAUAUGAAGUGAAUCAGACGAGGCUUUCUAUUACACGCACUGCAAGAUCCGCGUCCACUCCGUCAGUUCUACAAAACACAACAGACACAUUUAUCGUUUUAACUGGUCUUUCAUCGUGCUCUGUUUACAAAGUUGAAGUACGUGCCUACACUUCUGCUGGUCCAGGAGUCUUUGGUAGACUUACUCGUAACAUCGCGACUUCAGGUAUUUCACUAUCACAAGUCGACUUAAAACGGACACGAAAGGGACAGAGCCGAGUGUGCGCGUUGUAGAGGUGUCCCGUUAGAGAUGGGUAAAGUUUUGUUUCUUUGAGAAGAACUGUCCAAAUAGAGAGGUGUUAGGAUUAGGUACGAUCUCCAAGGGAAACUGAGCCGCCUCUUUGUCAGAACUAAUAUUAAGCCAUACGGGGAAAACUUUCCGUUCCAAAGAAAGCAAAAUACAUAACGAAGUAUUUAGUAUAGUCGAAAAUGUUCUUUGCCGGAAGGGCGAUGUAUUUGACUCGUUCUCAUAGAUUGUGCGUUCAUCCCUUACAAACAUUGCAAAUGAUCAUUACUGAUUGGUUGUAGUUCCAAGUGAACCAACUGACGUGAAGACGGAAAAUCCUGGUAAACGAAGCAUAACCUUGCGGUGGGGUAAACCGAAACUACACGGGGAUGAUGUACAACGUUACAAGGUAACUUUUGACUUUCCUUAUAACGAAUAUUUAUGGAGUUCUAAAGUGAUGACGUCAUAAAAAUCAAAUUUUUGAAAUUAUGGGAUUCGCUGGGAUAUUUUGAAAGAACAUCUGAAAGAAAUAAUUCCAAUGCCUCGCCUUUUCUUUUGAGAUAGAACAAUACUUGUGCAAUUUUUGCGUGUUUUUUCAUGUAAUCCUCGAAUAAACACCAAAUUCUUCUGAUUGCAAGCGGCGUUUAAUUGAGUGAAUAGUGGUAACUGUGAGAUCGACUACACACUUCGCCCCAGUCUUCUGAGGCACCUUACGAAUUUUCGACUCCGCCUCGUGUAAGGAAAUCCAGGAUAGUUUUGGAUUCUGGAUUCAACGCUGUGGAUUCCGCAUUAUAGGUACUGGACUCCAGUAUUUGUCAGUAGAACUUGAAUUCUGGAUUCAUUGAGAUGUAAUCCGGCUUCCAAAACCCAGAAAUCCGGAUCCCCUUGUAUGGGGCGAUUCGACCAGUUGCAAAUUCGUACGUUUAGAUGAUCUGUUCACGAAACCACCUUAACCGUGCGAAAAUUUAUACGCCUCGCCGUUCAAAGUUCCUUGUGGAAAAGCGAAAAUAUUGAACGAUCCCGUGUGAACGAAGAGUCCGGUCAAAUUUUUCGGCCGUUCGAAAAUUCCUUGCCAUUUCGGCAUAGCCUUAUAGACAACCAUAUAAUUACGUAACAGUUAUUGAUGUAUACCGCAGAUAACCUAUAAAGGUACAAAGGAUUAUUAUCCAGAAUUUAAACCGCAUACUGGAAUUCAAGAAACGGAGUGUCCGACGUUAAGAUUGACAAUCACCAAUCUGGUCCCUGGUACAAAGUAUGCUUUUGUUGUGAUGGCUGAAACCUACUGUGGCCACGGAGGCAACAGUUCUAUUGCGCAGGGAAGCACAAAAGUGGAUGGUAAGUUAUUUACUGUGUGUGUACGUUCCGUUGUUCAAUAACGAUAUUCUCUUAAACUAUCUUCCAAUUUUCCAACAGGGAAAAUGCGUUUGUGCUGAUAGAUGAGGGCGAAGAAACCUACCAGUGAUGACACUGAAUUAAAUAUAAAUCAAAAACAAAAACAGCAAAAUUAAAAUAAAAAACAAAACAAACAUACAGAAACAAAACGUAGGAUAAUUUUCUUUCGAGUAGAACGUAUACACAGCACGAAAAAUUUACUCCGUGCAAAUCUGGUGCAAAAAAGUGCAAACUAAGAUUAAAUAAAAGGCAAAGAUGGUAAAUACCGCAUUUGCCCUCAAAUUUACAACCCCAUGUAAACUGGCAAGCAAAUGCGGUAUUUACCAUCUUUGCUUUUGAUUUACGCCUAGUUUGCACUUUUUUGCACCAUAUUUACACGAGUAAAUUUGUGUAAAUCCAACGUUUCGUGCAGUGAUAAUAAAUUAAACUAAUUAUUGCGACCGACAAGAGGAGCCCGCAAUCCUAAUCUGCGGGUUGCUAUUAAGCAUGCGUCGGAUGUAUGUAGCCAGCCGGCAUUCGUUUAGACUUCCACUAAGAAUGAAUGGAAUGUACAGAACGUGAUUUGAUCACUCGCGAAUGGACCUUCUAUCGCUCGUAAUGUGACCACACGUGUUUCGACCAUCUAUCACGUGAAACGUAAGCAAAGCACAGCGAUGGAGCAAAAGCGUUUUGAUCUUCGAUCGUAGUCGCCCGCACUCCGUAAACUUUGGUUAUUGCUAGUCAUUAUCAUUAAUAAAGAGGGUUAGAGGGAUGGGAGUCCUCAUUUUUUGGUAGUGGGCGGAGGGGGGGGGGGUUGGGGGUGAUCCCAUUGAAAAAAUAUUCGAUAAUUGGAGGAGCAAGAAAUGUUACUAAGUACAACCAGCCACAUGAAGUAAUUGAAAGGAGCAGAAAACAUCGAUGAACUGGAACUACAGCCCAUAAUUAUUCUCAGAAUCUUUCCAGACAGAAUAGAACCAAUGCAAUAGAAUAGCAUUAGAAUAGCACCAUAGCAAACGAUCGAAUUUCCGGUUUCCCUGUGUAAAUGGCUAAGUUAUAAAAAGUCUCCUAUUUUCAGUGUUAUCUUUUGUUCGGCUUACAGCACCUUUGGCGCCUGUAAACCAUGACGUCCACGUAAUCGAAACAAAAGGAACAUCUGUGAAUGUCACAGUGUGGCAUGCAUCACAAACCAAUGGUCCCAUCAGGUAUGAGUCAUCUUAUAACCGCUUAAAAAUAUUAUACAACUGUAAACAAUUACAUAAAGAGAAAAUCUUUCUUUUUUUUUUCUGAGGGACGACGGCCACGCGAUUUCCCGCCAAAAAGAACGCGGGUUGCCUAAAAGCGUUUCCCGGAGAAAAAAUGUAGCAAUAGCAAACGUAUACUCCUUCCCUAGUCAAGCUGCCUUGUAAGUCCCUUCCCCACUUCCCCAGAGUCUGUACGGACGGUGCGCGUUCGGUCGUACGCUGACUUCAUAACCGAAUUCUCUCGGAUCCAUAGGUUUCCAAUUUUCUUUAGCUAUACGGCUCCGCUCGCGUCCGCUAUAACACUCCCAGACCACGUUAUGAACGUUAAGGCAAGAUUAUUUGUCACUCUACUCUGCCUUUUCAAUUGAGUACGAAAUCCUCAGGUAUUGUCAUAGUAAUACUUAUUAUUACUAAGUAUUUUACAAAUAAUAAUUUGACAACUGAAAGGUCUUGCAAUAAAUACUACGCGCACUGUGGUCACUACUUUAAUACCAAUGAUCUAACUAGGUACAUACACAUGGCUGACGUAAAUGGAAAAUUUUCCUCUGCUUCGCCUGUCCUAUUAAAAUAAUUGUCUUCAAAAUGCCACAGUUCAGUGACGAAUUGAUUGCACUUCAAGACUUGUAAACCAAUUUUCUCACUGAAUCAUGUUGUCGGCCGGAUCGUUAUGUGUGAUAGUGUUGCAAACCAGAGAAGAGAAGUCAUCGGUAAAUAAUUUUGAUGUUCCUCGCUUGAAGUUCAUUUUGACUUUGAUUGUGGACAGACUUAUAGCAUUUGUAAAUCGAUAAUUUUUUGAGCAGUUAGAAGUAAAAGCUUUCUAACAUGUGUUUUUCUAUUUUGUUUUUAUUUUUCUGAUACUGACAGUGAUUAUCAAGUUUUGGUGCAAAAAGUGAAUGACUGGUGUAACGAGGUUUCUGACUGGAAGACACUUGGAUCAGAUAUAUAUAUUGCUGCUCAAAUCCCCGCUAAUUCUGUGAAUCCAUCCAUAGUUUUUGAGGUCGGAGAUGGUAAAACAUAUGAUGGUUAUGAAAACAAGCAACUGUCAAAUGGUCAGAAGUACAAGAUAUAUUCCAGAGGAUUGGCUCGCCGCGCAACAAAGGUAAAC